CAGAUAGAGCGAUUCCAUCGCAGCUACCGUACUUCACCAUGUCCCGGUCCCCCCACCGCACGAUCAAAAUCUUAUGACGAUGAAGAUUCACUAGACCAUGAGUCCCACCAAUGGAACGAUACAAGUGGUCCCCACCAGAAAAUGGAGAAUACUAGCGGGUCUCACACAACCGCUGCUCCACCUCUUUCAAAACAGAAUCCUCGAGGUUUCCAGAGAAAGGAGGAGAGAGAGAGUGAGACUGAGAGAGAAGCCAUGGACGAUGCAAAGAUCUCAGAGCUGAAACAGUUCGUGAACAGUGUUAAAUCAGAUCCUUCUAUUCUCUACAAUCCAUCUCUAUCCUUCUUCAAAUCAUAUCUCCAGAGUCUAGGGGCUAGAAUUCCGGAAAAACCAGAUAAAUGUGGUUGUGGCACUUCAGACCAUGGGGAACAUGUUGAUGCCAAAAAAACAAAUCUAUGUAGUGAAGAUGACAAGUUUGAGGAUGAUAUUGUUGAGUCUGAUAUUGAAUUGGAUGACACUGAUGUUGUGGAGCCUGAUAAUGAUCCUCCACAAAAGAUGGGAGAUCUGUCAAUUGAUGUAACCGAAGAAAAUCAGGAUGCUGCACAAAUGUUGAAAUCAAAAGCCAUGGAGGCCAUUUCUGAAGGAAAGCUAGAUGAAGCAACAGAUAAUCUAACAGAAGCCAUCAUGUUGAAUCCAAGUUCAGCAAUAUUAUAUGCAACUAGAGCUAGUGUCUAUGUUAAGCUGAAGAAACCAAAUGCUGCAAUCCGUGAUGCUGAUGCAGCUUUAAAGAUCAACCCUGACUCUGCAAAAGGAUAUAAAAUACGAGGAAUGGCGAGGGCCAUGUUGGGCCUGUGGGAAGAAGCAGCAACUGAUUUGCAUGUGGCAUCAAGGCUAGAUCACGAUGAGGAGAUUGCUUUGGUUCUUAAAAAGGUUGAACCUAAUGCACACAAGAUUGAGGAGCAUCGCAGAAAAUAUGCACGGUUGUGCAAAGAGAGGGAGCUAAGAAAAUCUGGGCAUCAGAAGCAACAGCAGCAAGCUCAACCCCAUGAUUCAGAAGCUGCAGCUGCUUUUAAGGAUGGCCAAGUAAUGGCAAUUCAUUCUUCUUCUGAACUGGAAACUAAGUUAAAAGCUGCUUCGAAGACGUCUCGCUUGGCAAUCCUGUAUUUCACUGCAACAUGGUGUGGGCCUUGUCGUUAUAUUUCUCCCGUCUUUACAAGCCUAUCAGGAAAGUACCCAAAAGUUGUUUUCUUGAAAGUUGACAUAGAUGGUGCCCAGGAUGUGGCUGUAAGCUGGAAUGUUAGCAGUGUUCCAACUUUCUUCUUCAUAAAAAAUGGCAAGGAGAUUGAUAAAGUGGUAGGGGUUGACAAAAGUGCACUUGAAACAAAGAUUGCACAAUAUGCAGGCCAAUCUUAAGUUUAUUCUGGGUUGUUUCUUUGAUUAACUUUUCUGUAUACAAUUCCUGUUAUACUUGUUGCACCACUCAAGUCAAGUAGGUGUUACCUUUGUUGUAAUACUCAAGUCAAGUGGAUGUUAUCUUUGUUGUAACGGGUGUUGUUACCUAUGUAUGAUUAAUAGAUAAAUAAUGUUCG